AUGUCUUCCGACGAGGAAAUGCCAAAUCAAGAAGAGUCCCAAAAUGAAGAUUUGCAGUUAGCCUUUGUUACGAUGUUAGAAGACUACAAAAUUAUUCUGGAUAAAAAAAUGACACCUCCCGUUAAGUCUGCCAAAGACAAAGCACUUAAAGAAUUCACAGAGACGUAUAACAGAAAUACAAAACAAAAUUUAGAUGCAAAACAGGUAUUAAAAAAAGUUAAUAAUAUGAAAAGUAAAAUUAAAAAUAUUACCGAUAUGAAGAAAACAGGAAAUAGGAAAAUUAAGUUAAAUGAGUGGCAAAAAAAAUUUUUCAAACUAUGGAAUGGGAGUGAGAAUCCAGUAAUUCAACAAGUACCAGGAGGUGUAACUGCGGGUACCAGUCAAGACGUUGAUAUAUCAUUGACCGAUGAAGAGAAUCAAAUACAUUUUUGUGAUGAUAAAGAAUUAAUGACUAAAUUACGAAAGAAAUUACUACUUCAGCAAAUCAACACUGCCGCAGCUCAAGAAAAAGCUGCUAUAGCUCAAGAAAAGGCCGAUCUAGCUGUCGAAAGGGCCGCAGGAGCUGUAGAGCAAUUCGUAGAAGAUUACUUUGCACGACAACAGGCGAGCUUUUGA